AUGUACCUGCUGAGAUGCUGCUGGAAACCAGCGCAGAGCAAGGGCCAGGCGAGAGGAAGGACAUCAGAGCAUCAUCAGCAAACAGUCGUCACGAUGGGAAACUGUGCAGAGAGCAUGAGCAGCUAUUUCUGCAGACCGAAGAAUACCAACGUUCGUGUCAGCCUGCCGGCCGUCUGCUUUGUCUGGCAGAUUGCUAUGAUCAUCCUCUUUGGAGUUUUCAUUCGGUAUGAUGAAGAGUCAGAUGCACGUCUCUGGAUUGAGCACAAAAAUGAUCGCAACAUCACCAGUGACAUUGAAAAUGAUUUUUACUUCAGAUAUCCAAGCUUCCAGGAUGUCCAUGUCAUGAUCUUUGUUGGCUUUGGUUUCCUCAUGACCUUUCUGAAACGCUACAGCUUUGGCGGCGUGGGCUUCAACUUCCUGAUCGCCUCCUUCGGGCUGCAGUGGGCUCUUCUCAUGCAGGGCUGGUUCCACUCCCUCGACCUCACCACCGGAAAAAUCUCCAUCGGAGUAGAGAGUCUUAUCAACGCAGACUUCUGCUGCGCCGGCUCUUUGAUUGCGUACGGCGCCCUCCUGGGAAGAGUGAGUCCUGUCCAGCUGAUGGUCGUCACCUUGUUUGGCAUCACCCUUUUUGCUGUGGAGGAAUACAUCAUCCUCGAUCUCCUUCAUUGCAGAGACGCCGGCGGCUCCAUGGUCAUCCAUGCCUUCGGAGGAUACUAUGGUUUGGCCAUUUCCUGGGUCCUCUAUCGACCAAACCUUCACCAAAGCAAACGUCUCAACGGAUCUGUCUACCACUCUGAUGUGUUUGCAAUGAUUGGAACACUGUUUCUCUGGAUGUUCUGGCCCAGUUUCAACUCAGCCAUCACCGACCAUGGUGACGGACAGCACCGCGCAGCCAUCAACACUUACCUGGCCCUGGCCUCCUGUGUGCUCACCACUGUGGCCAUCUCCAGCAUGUCUCAGAAGAGAGGAAAACUAGACAUGGUUCACAUCCAGAAUGCAACUCUGGCAGGUGGUGUUGCCAUGGGAACGGCAGCAGAGUUCAUGAUCACUCCCUACGGUUCACUCAUUGUUGGUUUCUGCUGCGGCAUCAUCUCUACCUUCGGUUACCUGUUUAUCACGCCCUUCCUUGAGAAAAGUCUCAAGCUCCAGGAUACAUGCGGUGUCCACAAUCUUCAUGCUAUGCCAGGCAUGCUUGGCGGUUUCAUAGGUGCCAUUGUUGCUGCAGCUGCCGAUGAAACUGUCUACAGUAGAGAGGGGUUGGUCAACGUCUUUGACUUUGAAGGCGAUUUUGCAAACAGAUCACCAGGAACUCAGGGAGGCUUCCAGGCUGCUGGAACAUGUGUAUCCAUUGCUUUCGGACUCGUUGGAGGAGCGAUUGUCGGUUUGAUUUUGAGGUUCCCAGUCUGGGGUGACCCUGCUGAUGACAACUGCUUUGAUGAUGAAGUUUACUGGGAGGUUCCCGAGGAUGAGGAGACCAUCCCUCCUGUCCUGGAGUACAACAACCACAUGAUUCACAAGCACCAAGACAUAUCUGAGUCAAACUUUUCCGUGGACCAGAGUUAAAGCUGCCCAGAGUAAGACGGUGUCCCUAAUAUCUCUUUGAACUACAUGAAGCUGUGAACAGCAGUGAAACAACACUAAUUUAUGAAGGAGCCACCCUCUAAAAUUGGCAAUUUUAUUUUAAACAGUAAUUUUGGCAUGUCUGCUGCUCUUGUCUCGAACCAUUGACACCUGAUUAUUUUGUGUAGCACCUGAUUGGAAGUGUGAUGAUAUGACAAUGCUGCACAAAUUGAUGAAAAAUAAUUUUCAUUAAGAGAAAAUGAUUGUAAAUCAAACGUAAUUUGUAGGUGCUUAAUAACCUGAAAAAUCAGGUACUGGAAGAAGGCAUGGAUCAGAGACACUUAUGUUUCAAUGAAGCUUGUGCAUGCCUGCACAUCAGUGGCUGCACAUCUUUGUCUGUAAUGACUAUAAAAUGUCUUAAUGUUAAACACUGUUAUUGAUUAUGUUGUACUUCUAAUAGAUGAGUCUAUUUAUGUGAUUGAAGAUGUUUAGUGGAUGCAUGAAGGAGUCAGUGCAACCAAAUUAGUCGUUAUUAAAUUUCUUUAUCUUAUUUAGUUAUUUCUUUAAAUGAUGUAUAAUUCUUUAAUAAGCUGAAUGUACAUAGGUUUUGUUUGUAGUAUAACUUACAUAUUCUUUAGGUGGAAGUUUUAGUUAAUAGAGUAACUAUGAAACAAGUUCCAGUGGUUUGGUUGCUUUAGUGUUGAAUGUUACCAAAGUAUACAACAUGUGAUUAUAUGUGACAGUUUUUUUUUUGUUGUGUUACUGAUGUUAUAUUUGAAAACUGC